AUGUCACUUCCAAGUCGCAAUUCCCCAACCAUCAAAGCUCUAAUCGAAAAGCAAAAAGAGAAAGAACGCAAUACAAUUCAAGUCAGAGUAGGCAAGCAUAAAAACUUAUACACACUCGAAAAAGAUAUUUUAUACCGACAUGCCCCAUUUCUCAAAGGGGCUUGCGAACACUAUUCUCGAGGACUUGAUCACAGCGCUAUCAACUUUCCACAAACAAACGAUGUGGUGUUCAAGUUGUUUAAGACCUGGCUUUACAAGCUGGAUUUAGGUGAUGCUGAUGAAGAAAUUGCGCAAUGGAAAGCUAGGAAGGUGAAAACUGGGGAGGAGGCGCAAAAGGUUGAUGAAGGACCGCUCAUCGAUUUGGACACUUCGAAGGGAAAGGGAAACACCAAGAAAAUUCGCGAUUCGCAGAAGAACGAGAUUCUGGAGAUGAUAGGCGGAGAUCUCAAUGCCACCAGCAAUGUCGCGCUGACAAACUUCUGUUAUCCACACAUGGCCAAUCUUCUCGAUUUGUAUCUAUUUGCCGACAUGGCCAAGUUACCACUACUCAAGAACCAGUGCAUUGCAAAGUACUACAGAUUUACCAAAGCCACGGGGUACAUUAUGACACCAUGGCUUUCCUACAUGUGGAAAUAUACAACCAAGGGUAUGCUGAUACGCAAAUUCCUUCUUGAUUUACUGACGUGGGAAAUGCCGCCUUUAUUGUUCGAAACGAAUGCGAAGGAUUUUCCGGAAGAGUUGAGAUUGGAGCUGCUGGUUAACAUGGGAUAUGUGAUUCAGGUAGCGAGGCAUGGGACGACGGCGUUGGAGAAGAGUAAUCCGUUGAAUGAGAUGAGUAAUUACUUUGAGGAGGUUGAGAAAUCGGAUGCGUGA